UCGAUCGAUCACUCACAGCCCGUAUAUAAACGUACAUGCGUGUAUAGCUAGACGGUGCGCUAUGCAAGCUCCCAAGUUGCACCACAACUUGUCAUCAACAGCGGGCUCUAGCUAACAUGGUGGCCUCAAGAAGAGCAUCAUCGAUGGCAUACCUCCUGGCCUUUGCCAUCGUUUUGCUCAUGCCGUGCGGCCUUACCUCCUCGAGAUCACUGCCCUCGGUCACCACCCAUGGCGCCGAUGCACAGCUGGAAGGUGGCCGAGCCGCGCGCGCCAAGCUCGAGCCUCCAACCGCGAAUACCCAUAAACCGCCGGAGCUCGCCAUCGGCGACGACAGCGCCGUUCAGCCUGUGAAGAAAAAGCGCCAUGCCAAGGCGCCGCCCAAGCACCACGGGCAUGGCCAACACGCUCCUCCAGCCGACCCUUCGCCGCCGGCGCCGGAUCCGGACGGUGGCCAGCCCCCGGAGGCACCUGUUCCGGAGGGCCCUCACGACCGGAGCCCGCCGGCGUGGCCGUUCCCGUGGCCGCAGCCUCUACCGGGCUACCAGUGGCCGCCGUUCCACUCGCCGCCGCUCCCCGCGUGGACGCGUCCGGGCGACGAUCGGCCGCCUCUGCCUCCGUUCCCGUUCCACCCACCGCCGCUUCCUGCAUGGCCGCAGCCAGAACCAGGCGAGCAGUGGCCCCCGCUGCCGGCAUGGCCGCAGCCAGAACCAGGUGAGCAGUGGCCCCCGCUGCUCGCAUGGCCGCAGCCAGAACCUGGAAAGCAGUGGCCGCCGUUCCCGGCAUGGCCGCAGCCAGAACCAGGAAAGCAGUGGCCGCCGUUCCCGGCAUGGCCGCAACCUGAGCCAGGAAAGCAGUGGCCACCGUUCCCGUUCUACCCGCCGUCGAUGCCAUCCUUCCACGGCGAGGAGGAACGACGCGCAUCUAGGCUGGCGCCUCCUGUUCCAGCGCACAACUGAUGCAUGCACACAAGUACACCGCCGCGUGAUUUUGCCCUCGAAGCACACCAAAUAUGUGUACGACAGGAAUGAAUAGCAAGGAUAUCAACAUUUCUCCAAGUUGUUUGGUCGAAUAAUAGACCCUGACCACGUUAAAAAAUAAAGCUGGGAUAAUUUUAUGUUUACGAGAUUUUUUUUGCAACAUCGGAGAAGAGAAAGUACUGCACACUUGCCUUUUUUUUUCGAGAGCACCCCAACAGCGUGCCAUCUUUGGGGUAAUAUCAAUCAACUAGCGUGAAAACAACUCUGAUCAACUCAUGUUUGUCGAGUCUGCCAACGUUCGUUUUUGGUUUUUUUGGGUAAAGAACUCGGGAAGCAGAAAUACCAUAUGGUACAUUGGAGUACCAUUUACACACCAAAGAAGGUUGGGAGCCUCGGUAUUAUGAAUACCGAAUAUAUGAGCU